GGGGAGGCUAGCACCGGGAGCAAGCACAUUUUGUGAUUUGCUGCUUAUGGACGGCUCUCUCUCUCUCCUCGGCUGGGCUGAACAGCAGGUGGCGUUCAGAGGAGCAGGCGACUGCACUACCUCAGCAGCUCAAAGUGCUCCACAGCGCUGGCGAGCGCGGAGAUGGGGACUACUUCGCGGCUCAGCAGUUUCUUCUGCCCCGGAGAAGCAGACAGAAUGAGCAACAAGCCUUCACCAGAAAACUCAGGUGUCACAGCACUGCCGUCAAAAGCAGCACAGCGGUGAAUUAACAUUCAAAUGGACUGGGAGAGAAAACAUCUGGAAAACUGAAAAUAAAAUAAAAACCGCAGUUCCAAGUCACAAGCAAUGGAUCGCACCAAUCUGACUCACUUACAGUUACAAAGAGUGGAAUAAAAAAAAAUGGAGUUUUUCACCAGCCCUUUCUGUCCCUUUGUUAUGAGAUAAACUAUUGGUCAGAAUGGAUUCAGUCAGCUCUUGUCUGGGGCAGAGCAGUGUCUGAUGCCAGAAUGCAAACUCUGCGUCGGGCAAGACCCUUGUCAUAGGCAUAAGUGGUGCACUAGGGGAUUUAAAAGUGUGAAAGAUGUAGCUGCAAUCAGAAGCCAUGUGACCUGUAAUUCGGGGCAGCCAAAGCCAAAAACGUAACAAGCAGUAUGGAAGUGCAGGCGACCACACUGUUUCACAUUUAUGGGAACUGCACAGCACUGAAGCUGAACACUUCGUACGACUGCAAUAAAACUGAUUUCCAGGACUUGCCUGAGGAGACCCAUGAUACCUACCAGUUCUACAUCAUCAGCCUCUUCCUCUCCUGUUUGUACACCAUUUUCCUCUUCCCCAUCGGCUUCAUCGGGAACAUCCUCAUCUUGGUUGUCAACCUUAACCAUCGGGACAAGAUGACUAUCCCUGACCUCUACUUUGUCAACCUGGCGGUGGCCGACCUCAUCCUGGUGGCGGACUCCCUGAUCGAGGUCUUCAACCUUAAUGAGAAGUACUACGACAUCGCCAUCCUCUGCACCUUCAUGUCCCUCUUCCUUCAGAUCAACAUGUACAGCAGCAUCUUCUUCCUGACCUGGAUGAGCUUCGACAGGUACGUGGCUCUGGCCAGCGCCAUGAGCAGCAGCCCCCUGCGGACAAUGCAGCACGCUAAGCUAAGCUGCAGUCUCAUCUGGAUGGCCUCCAUCCUGGCCACCCUGCUCCCCUUCACCAUCGUGCAGACUCAGCACACCGGCGAGGUCCACUUCUGUUUUGCCAAUGUCCUUGAGAUCCAGUGGCUAGAGGUGACCAUAGGGUUCUUGGUUCCUUUCUCAAUCAUUGGCCUCUGCUACUCGCUGAUUGUCCGCAUCCUCAUGAGGGCCCAGAAACACCGGGGCCUCUGGCCCAGGCGGCAGAAGGCCCUGCGCAUGAUUGUGGUGGUAGUCCUGGUGUUCUUCAUCUGCUGGCUUCCCGAGAAUGUCUUCAUCAGCAUCCAGCUCCUCCAAGGCACAGAAGACCCUGCACAGCGCAGUGGCAAGACGCUGAGGCACGACUACCCGCUGACGGGCCAUAUUGUGAACCUGGCGGCCUUCUCCAACAGCUGCCUAAACCCCAUCAUUUACAGCUUCCUGGGAGAGACUUUCAGGGACAAGCUGAGGUUGUUCAUCAAGCAGAAGGCCAGCUGGUCCGUGCUGUAUCGCUUCUGUCAUCACACCUUGGACUUACAGAUCCCCGUCAGGAGUGAAGUGUCUGAAGUUUAACACCAGCGGCUCCUCAAAGGAUCCUGGGAGGCUUUUAGGCUGGAGUGGCGCAGAUGACCUGAGGCACUGGGGUCAAACACGUCAAGUCUAGGCACGGACAACCCUCUUGGAAAAGUGCAGGAAGUUUGGAUUGAGAUAUCCUUAAUGUACCCCAAUGACUUCCGAAAAUAAGCUUCUCAUAACUGCUAGAAACAACAGAAAGAGGAAGAACUGAGAAAGGACAAGGGCCUUGGGAGAACACGCCAUAAAACCAAAAAAAGCAGGCGAGAGGAAGCACUGUAUUUUCUUUUUGUUAUUUAAAGUAAUUUAAAAAAAGACGCUCUGGGGCUGAACAAGCAGCUUAUUCAGGUUAAGGGAAAAAAACAAAUAUCAUGUGUUAUGAUUUUCUGACUAAAGAAUUUAUUAAACACUACUGUUUCUGAUGAAGAACAUUACUGUACAAAAAGAAAACUGUUUUAGAUGCUGACUUGUUUUGUUGAAGUUGCACCUAAACCUUAAUUUUCUUGUGGCUUAUUACAAAACAAUACGGAAAAAGGAAUUGUUUUUAAGCAAACGUGUUUCACCGGUACUACUUGUUUCUCUGCUAUUCUUUUCAAUACAUAUACACUGCUGUGCGAAAGUCUUACAUCUUAGACAAAAUCAGUAGUUGCAAUAUUAUAUGUUAUAAGCAUCAGCAAUUUACUCAAAGUCUCCAACAAUGUUUUCUAUUAUAAUACAUUUCACAGUCACUAAUACAGCUUAAUUUGGAAAAACCUGAGUUUGUCAUUUAGCAAUCUUUAACUCAAGUGGAUAAGAAACUUCAAAAACAUUAUCAUCAAACUAUGCAUGAAUGAAUACCUACUAUGAAAUGUGUGGUAGCUAAUCCAUCACAUUUAGCAAUAAAAUACGACUGAUUCACUGUCAGACACUCUUUCUCGUUAAUUUCAUUUGCUCCUCCUUAGACAAGUGUCACAUCUCAGGUCAUAUGUAAAAGUAUCCUACAAGGACUGAACUAGAAAUGCUGAAAUGCUUUAUUUCAUUGUAAGCAUUGUAAGUUUUUUUUGUAUCAGUAAACAGCCUUGCUUUCCAAACGGACUAAGCAUGGUCUUACCUAAAAAAAUACAUAUACGUUCAAGAAGAAUGAGAUGUUUUGGGAUCUCAUUACUGAGCCUCCAUUUUGUGCGAUACCACAUCUGUUCAAAUUUAAAAAAAUAAAGCCCAAUUAGCCCUGUUAGUAUUCCACUCUUAGAGUAUCCAUGAUAAAGAUUCUGAUAUUAGCCACCCAACAUACCUAAACAUGCAAAGUUAAACUACGUUUUGUGCUACAAAAUGCUGAUUUAUCAUGAUGGGGGUAAAUGGCUACCAUUUCCCUACAAGAUCAAAACAGAAUUGGGUUUCUGCUUAAAGGCAGAAAAACGUAAUGUGAAGAGCAGAUUAAUUCUAAAUUUUUAAGACUUUCGCACAGCAGUAUAAAAACAGAAUCGGUUUGUAUUAACACAGUUUAUUUCACAAACUCUAGAGACAAUGUGUGCAGAGUGCGUCUGGUCAGGGAACAAAGGAAAAGGAUUGAGUCCACUAAUCCUUUUCUCAUUACAAACCAUUGUGAUGCCUUUACGGUCUAUUGCUGAACUGCAAAGUGUUGCUAGGCUGUUAUUCUCCACUGCGUGAAAAAGAGCAAUAUAAUGCAAUUACUUCUAUCUUCUGGUGUAUACUUAAAUGUCAAAGGCGACGACUCUGGAGAACCCGGAGUAUUCUCUCUUAACACCCUCACACUAGGAUCUAUGAAAAGCAGGGUAAUUUUCAGAAUAAUAAAGCAAUGUAUUUUGUAAGAAA